AUGGCGAGCCCACGCCGCAGGAUCGAGACUGAUGUCAUGAAGAUGUAUGACCCCACGAUUGACGGUCUUGUACGUGAUUCGAAGCGAACGAUAUCAUUUCCCCCGAUCUAUCGGCUCACACCACGAAACAGGCAGGAAUUCUACAUAAAGUUCAAGGGCCCCACAGAGACUCCUUUCGAAGGCGGUGUGUGGAAGGUCCACGUCGAACUGCCUGAUCAAUAUCCCUACAAGUCACCGAGCAUCGGCUUUACGAACCGCAUCUUCCACCCAAAUAUCGACGAGUUGUCUGGCUCCGUCUGUCUGGACGUCAUCAAUCAGACCUGGUCGCCAAUGUACGACAUGAUCAACAUCUUUGAGGCGUUUCUGCCGCACCUCCUCCGAUACCCAAACCCUUCCGACCCGCUCAACGGAGAGGCAGCCGCACUGAUGCUGAGGGAUCCCAAGGGAUACGAGUCCAAAGUACGGGAAUAUGUCCAACGGUAUGCAAGUAAAGAUGCCGCCGAGGAGGCCGGCGCCGAGAGCGAGGAUGACGACGACAUGAGCUCGGUGGGGAGCUUUGGUGACGACGACGACGAGCCUGCAGGCCAGAUGGACGAUGUGUAG